AUGCCACAUAAAAAACGUACAAAUAAAAAUUAUAUUCAAGUAAAAAAAAUUCUUGCUGAUAGUGAAUUAUCAUUACUUGAUAAAAAGAAAUCGAAAAGAAAAAGUUUCGAACGUGUACCACGUCAUGAUAAUAAUCCAAUCGAUCGUAAACGAGAAGAACGUAUAUUAAAUGAUGAGUCAGACGAUGAUGAUAAUAUCAAUAAAAAACGAGUAGAAUUAAAAAAACAUAUUAAUAAUGAACUACAACAACAAAAGCAAUCUAUAAUACCAAAAAAAAGUCGUAAAAAUAAAUAUUAUUUAAUGAAUCAUCCGGAAUUAAAAAAUAUUAUUCCAACAUUACCAAAAACAAAUAAACGUAAACAGGAACUUGAUGAACAAAAUGAACCACCAAAGAAGAAAUCUUCUCAACAAUCUAAACCAUCAAUUUGUGAUAAACUUGUUUCUCAUAUGAUAACAUCACGUUUUCGUUAUCUUAAUGAAAAAUUAUAUACAUCAACAAGUGAAGAAGCUCAACAAAUGUUUGAAAAAGAUCCUCAAAAUUUCUAUGCUUAUCAUCAAGGUUAUUCCACAAGUAUGUCUCAAUGGCCUGAUCAACCAUUAGAUGAAAUAAUUGCUUAUAUUCGUAAACGUUCAUCAAAUCUUGUAAUUGUUGAUAUGGGUUGUGGUGAUGCACGUCUUGCUGGUACACUUAAAUCUACACAUCCAAAUAUUCAUAGUUUUGAUUUAGUUGCAUUAAAUGAGUAUGUUCAAGUAUGUGAUAUAGCGCAUACACCAUUAAAGAAUAAUUCUGUUGAUAUUGUUAUAUUUUGUUUAUCAUUAAUGGGUACAAAUUUAACUGAUUUUAUUCAUGAAGCUCAUCGUAUUCUUCGUUUACGUGGUACAAUGAAAAUCGUUGAAAUAGCAUCGCGUUUUGAAAACCAACCACAAAAAUUCAUAAGAAAAAUUGAAUCAAUUGGUUUUCAAUGUUCAAAAACCAAUUCAUUAGAUGAUAAAACUAAAUCAUCAACAAAAUAUUUUUAUACAUUUGACUUUGUUAAAACAACUGAUCAAAUCAAAUCGAAAUCAAUUCUAACACUUGCACCAUGUUUACAUAAAAAACGUUAA